AUGCUCACUGCCUACGCAUUAGAAUCGAUCAAGAAUGCGGCAAAGACCGCGGCGGCUGGCAUGAUGAAAUACUACACGGGAGAUCACCCUGGUGAUGUCCCUGGAAACCUUCCGGAUCCAUAUUACUGGUGGGAAGCUGGAGCGAUGUUCGGGGCAUUGAUCGACUACUACUAUUACACAGGGGACAAGCAAUACGUGGAUGUGACAACCCAGGCAAUGCUUUGGCAGGUCGGACCGGAAGAAAAUUACAUGCCGCCGAAUCAGUCAAAGACUUUGGGAAAUGAUGAUCAGGGGUUCUGGGGUAUGGCAGCCAUGACUGCUGCCGAAACCAGAUUUCCUAAUCCUCCGGAGGAUCAACCUCAGUGGCUCGCGCUGGCGCAGGCCGUCUUCAAUACGCAAGCUCCUCGUUGGGACAACGCGACCUGCGGAGGAGGCCUUAAGUGGCAAAUAUUUUCAUUCAACAACGGAUACAAUUACAAGAAUACUAUCUCAAACGGCUGCUUCUUCAACCUAGCUUCUCGGUUGGCCGUGUACACUGGCAAUCAGACAUAUGCGGAAUGGGCGGAACGAGCAUUCGAUUGGGUUAUGGCCAUAGGACUCGGCACGUCUGACUACACUUUCUUCGAUGGUACUGAUGAUACGCAAAACUGUACGAGUUUAAACCACAUACAGUGGACCUACAAUAGUGGCGUCUUCAUGAUGGGAGCGGCGGCCAUGUAUAAAUUUACAAAUGGAUCAGAGACCUGGAAGACUCGCCUGGAAGGCAUCAUACGUGGUACAAACGUCUUCUUCGAGAACAACGUCAUGACUGAAGUAGCGUGCGAAAGCAAUGGAAAAUGCAAUGUCGAUCAACGAUCGUUUAAAGCUUACCUCGCACGAUGGAUGGCAGCCACCAUCAAGCUAGCGCCUUUCACACACGACCUACUGCUACCAAAGCUACAGGCUUCAGCCAUGGCAGCUGCUCAACAGUGCAGCGGCCCCAAUAAUGCUUGUGGUUUGCGAUGGACGAUGGGAGCACAAUUCGAUGGCAGUCUCGGUGUUGGGGAGCAGAUGAGUGCGAUGGAAAUUUUCCAAUCCAAUCUGAUCGACCAGGUUCCAGAUACCGUCACGAACAUGACCGGCGGUACCAGUAAAGGUGACUACUCUGCAGGCACCGGCGCCUCAGAUGACGAUUCCCUGCAUGAUUAUCAAGACAAGAUCACUGUUGCUGAUCGUGCUGGUGCUGGUAUCCUUACUGGCCUUGUUAUUAUUUUCACUAUCGGUGGGGCUUACUGGAUGGUAUCAUCUUGA